UGCAUCUUUUCCACGGUUGCGCCGCACCAGGCAACUGUCCUUCUGCCUUGUAGCUUGCGGACUCAGACGUGUCUCUGGCCGUCAACACUUUAAGUUGCCAUCGUCAGAAGCCCAUUAGUACCUCAGGUCUAAUCUGGUCUCUGUUGUUCCUUGGUUGCUCACUUUGUCAGUCAACACCGAGAGUCCGCAAGGGUAGAGGCUAGCAAUGCGCGAUCUGCUUUAGGAAUUUGACUCUCCCCGCCAUACCUCGAUAUGUCUGUAAAGUCCUCCUACCUCCCGCGCCUCGGGUUCUCGCGAGGUGACGAACCGAUCCUCCCAUUACACCACCGCAUGAGUCCCCCGAUUCGCAAACAGCCGAGCGAAUACGAUCUCUCCGAGCUUCCGCCUCAACCAGAUGACGAUCUUCUGGCAUCUAUGUCGAUGCACGAACGCAAAGCUCCUCGCUCCCGUCACCGGAGUCCCUCCCCGUCUGCAAGAUACAGCGACAGAGGAAGCACAGCUGGCUCCUCCAAGUCCCAGCCGAAGCAGCGCGUCCUGUUUGCCGGUCCACCCCCGCCCGUUGCUGUUUCACAGGUGCUAUACCGCGACGAAGAAGAAAGGGACACGCCACCCUCCCCUCCAGGCACUCUCGAAAGGGCGUCAUUCGCGCGCAACAUCAACAGCGUCCUCUUCGACCGCAGCUUCUCCUCACCCAACCGACCCCAACAACGAGACUACGACUACAGACCAGAACCCAUCUGGCACAACCUCCAACGUCGCGAACACGCCCUGCAAAGAGAUCUCCAACACCUCCUUGACGCGCAAUCCGCCGGCCUCGCAGCCAACCUAGACCCAAACGCGCCGUCCCCCUCGUCCGCCACAAGCGACCGAAGCGGCACCACCUCAACAAGCACCACCACCUCCACGCCACGCCGAAGCCACCACUACCACCCGGAAUUCGAGCACACAAUCACCACCUCCUCCUCAGGCACGCUCGUCCCCGUCCGCCAACCACAAUCCCCUAAAUCCCUCGGUCUGCGCGCCGCGCGCGCGUCGCUGGCACGCACCAUCACGCAGCUGGCAGACCUCAAAGCGGAAGAGGAUGCCCAGCUUACAACGGCACUCUCGGCACGCAAAAAGGCGCUCUCCCGACUCCGGCAGUGGACGGCGCAGCGGGCGGACAUUGCCGAGGAGCUGCGGGCGCUGGAGGCCGGGGACGGGGACGGGGAGCUGCACGAGCUGCGGGAGCUGGAGGCGGAAAGGAAGGCGGUGCAGCGGGAGAUUGUCGAGCUUGAGGAGCGGUUGGUUGGGUUGAGACGGCGGAGGACGGUGUUAGAUGGGAGGGUUGAGGAAGUCCGGAGUCGGCGGGAGGCUGGGUUGAGCGGGUACAGAGGGGCGUUGAGGGAGGUGGAGGGGAGAAUUGGCGGGUUGCUGGCCCGGCCUGGGGUGAGGCCUCUAGACGGGGAGUUUUUCUUUGCGGGUUUGGUCGGGGAUGGAGGUGGAGUGGGGGAGUCGCCUGGCGGGAUGGAGUUCUUACGGCUCAGGCCCGAGAGGCGGACGGCGGAGAUGGCGAGGGAGUGGUGGGAGAAGGAGGUGGGGAUAUUGGAGAGGAGGAAAGCGGAGGUGGAUAAGGAGAAGGCGGCGCUUGAGGAGGGGGCCGAGGUGUGGAAGGGCGCGGUGAAGCUUGUGUCGGAGUUUGAGGCGGGGUUAAGGAGGGAGAUGAGGGGCGGCGAGCACGAUGAGAUCAAGAGCAAUGGGAAGGGAAAGGCUAAGAAGGGCGAGUCAUCAACGCCACCGCCUUCUGAGCAGGCCAUGUACGCGCAGCUCGACAAGAUGCGCGCCGUCAUGGCUGGCUUGGACGAGAAGCUGCAUGUUGCGGAGGAGAACGGGUGGAACUUGCUUAUUUGUGCCAUUGGCGCGGAGUUGGAGGCGUUCCGGCAGGCCGAAGGCAUGCUGCGGGAGGCGUUGCGUUCUGCGGGCUUCGACAUUGGCGAAGACGACGCCGAGCAAGCAGGUUCCACGCCGCGGCUAGGGAGAUCCACAAGUCUAAUGAACUCGGGGCAGCGGAUGGAUGCGGCUGAGCCGAGCGGCGGCGGCAAAUUGUUGGAUUUGCACGACGGGCCAGACGAGGACAAGGAAGCUGAGAGCGAUAAUGACGUGCCUCGCGACUUGCUCGUGGCCGUCGAGGAGGAACAAGAGUUGGCGAAUCCAGCCUUGAACAGGGAGGACAGCAACGAGGUGCCAGCGGAGUUCUUGACGGAACACCAUGACGUUGGGGAGGGGUUUACCGGCUUCGGCGGCAUGACUUAGACAGCAUUAGCUGGCUUUUGGGUUCUAUGCCGGCGAGCAAGCUGCUGAGCGGCGCCAAACUGGAGCGGAGGCGACCUGUGUGGUACAGCUGUUACGGCAUCCGUUAAUGAGACAGGGGCUGCGCAAUGACAUAAAUACGAUUCGAUUGUUUUAGGUAUUUCCAUCUUCUCCGUUUUUGGCUACGUUCCUUACGGCUUAAU